CAUCUAAGAAUAUGCCUUACAAACUUAUUGUCUUCUCCGAAAGGGUAAACGGAUUCUUGUUCAGUUAGUUGAGAGGGUAAAAAUCGAAUCUUUUUAGUAGGUGUCUUCCCCGAUUUUGUAGGUGAAUAGAAACCCUAAUUAAACCCAUGGAGGUCUGAAAGAUCCAUGGAAAGGAGAGCAGCAAAAUUGGGUUAAAAAAGUGUAUCCAUUAAUGGCAAUGGGCCUGCAAAUUUGGAACAGCAUUAACGAUAAUGGAGAGGGAUAUUACAUUAUUCAUAUUCACAAACAUGAGUGAAAUAGGGCACCUCUUUCCCUUUUUCCCCUUUUUCUCACACCUUUCCCACUCACAAUUCUCCACUCACUGCUCACGAUUUUGAUCGCAGGGGAACCUCCAUUGGCGUUGCAGAAGAUCAGCACCUUACACGCAUUCACUGAUUAUACAUACACAUAUAUAUACAUAUAAUUAUAUACAGACACGGAUAUAUAUAUAUUUCUUGAGACUCCCAUUUUCUAUUGGUGAAUAUUUUUGGGGUUUUCCCCCUUUCUGAAUUCAGAUCUUUAAUGGCGAUGCAAACUUCGAUUUAAUUGGAUUGGAUUACAUUUGAUCGUAGAUAAUAGUAAUAGAUAGGAAUACACAUAUGGAAUCGGAUGUUGUGUAUAUAAAGAGGAACAUGGGACGAAGUGCACUGAAGAAAUCGACCGAUACAAUGAGAAUCCUCGUCGUCAUUUGCGCCGGAAUAACCGUCGGCUUCUUCAUCGGAGUCUUGUCCCCGUCGCCGUCAUUACACAAGCUUAGCAUUCCAUCGACAUUUCUACACGAUCGCACGAUGAUCGGUAGCAAUGCCGUUGCUAACUCGACCAAGAACAGCAGCAGCGAAAUCAAAACCGAACCAUUAAAGGAUGUAUCGAAGAUUUGGAUCUCGUCGAAUCCGAGAGGCGCAGAACGGUUGCCCCCCGGGAUCGUAGUCUCCGAGUCGGAUUUCUACCUCCGAAGACUCUGGGGCAAGCCUAGUGAGGACUUGGUCAGAAAACCGAAGUAUCUCGUAACGUUCACCGUAGGCUACAAUCAGAGGGAAAACAUCAACAAAGCAGUGCAAAAGUUUUCGGAGAACUUUACCGUUCUUCUGUUUCACUACGACGGACGAGCUUCCGAGUGGGAUAGCUUCGACUGGUACAAACGAGCGAUCCAUGUCGGUGCGAUGAAGCAAUCGAAAUGGUGGUUCGCCAAGAGAUUCUUGCAUCCGGACAUUGUAGCGUCGUACGACUACAUAUUUAUCUGGGACGAGGACCUCGGAGUCGACAACUUCAACGGCGAAGAAUACAUGAGGCUUGUGAAGAAACAUGGGUUAGAAAUAUCGCAGCCCGGACUUGAACCCAAGAGGAACCCGACAUGGCAGAUGACUAAACGACGAGCUGAUCAUGAAGUUCACAAGGAAGCCGAGGAGAAGCCAAGCUGGUGCCAGAGCCCACAAGCGCCGCCGUGCGCGGCGUUCGUAGAAAUCAUGGCUCCUGUCUUUUCCCGGGACGCCUGGCGAUGCGUUUGGCACAUGAUUCAGAACGACUUGGUACACGGAUGGGGUCUGGAUUUCGCCCUCCAACAAUGCGUCGAACCCGCUUAUGAGAAAAUCGGAGUUGUCGAUGCGCAGUGGAUCGUUCAUCAGACAAUCCCUUCAUUGGGAAACCAGGGACAAGCUGAAGAAGGAAAGGCUCCAUGGCAAGGGGUGAGGCAGAGGUGUAAACAAGAAUGGAAAAUGUUCAGAACACGAUUAGAGAAUGCAGAGAAGGCCUACUAUGAGUCUACACGAAUCUAUGCUUCCAACUUAACAGAUCACUCAUAGUCAUUGAUAUAGUAGAAUCAGAAAUAACUAACUCCAUAGCAAUUUACAUUGUUUUCUCAGAGGAAAGAAUCAUCGGUCAAUUCGAGCAAGUGAGUUAUAGCAUAUAUGUGUGUGUAUAAGCAAAUAAACACUACACUACAAUUGAUCAAUGUUUUGUAAAGAUCUUGGAAUGAAAUCUAUUUGUCUCUCUAAGCCUAUUGAAGAUUAAUGCCCAGAAACUUUCACUAGUGUGUGUAGUGUGUAUGUA